AGGAAAGGCAGAAGAAGAGAGGCGGAGAAAAGAAGGGAGAGGAGUGGGGUUGGUGCUAAAGAGGAUUAGAGCUCUCCGCCAUCUGUGGCCACAGACUGAUAAUAAGCCCAGUUACAUUACCAGCCUGCUCUUUUCUUAGCCCCGAAACAGCCGCAUUCAUGAAGACUGUCUGGUUUAAUACCAGACAGUCUCUGUUAAACCUAGUAACAACCAAGCACUGGGUAAUUACGUGUGAUAUGAUGUUAUUUACAGGUAACACUGAAUUCUCUUCACACGUUCAAUCAGCAGCUUUACGUCCUUACGUCAUCGCGUCAGUCUCCAAUGGCAACCGAGCUCAGCUGUGUGUUUAUCAGGAUGGAUUCCCUAACAGAGAGUGAAAUAGCUCAGAUAGCGAGGCUACAGAGAGAUGAUGGUGUGCAGAUGCUCAGCCGUUACUUCUCGUGGCCCGAGUUCAGUGACGAGCGACGAUGCUUCCAUCAAGAGUUUGUGUAUGACGUGGUUGUGUUCGCUGCAGACUGUGGCUUCUCCUGGCCGAACGUUAUCCGGGCAGCUGUGAUUGCCAGAGACAUCUUUCCACGGCUGGACGAUCCUGAUGUACUCAACUUGCUGUCCCUACUGAGAGAGGUGCUGUGUGAGAGAUUACCGAACCUCACCCCCGUCCAUCGACAUGACUUCACCAGGUAUCUCACAGACACCUGCAUCACACGGCGGAGGCUUUUCCAGGCGGUGGUUGAUGGAGCUGCUAACAUGUCUGUCACUCAGCUACACGUGGAGGUGCAACUGCCACCCACACCCCCUCCCUUAGCACAGGGCAUCGAUCUGCAAGAGUGGGAAAGUCAGCAGCAUGAAGCUAGUCUCACUUCGACCUUGGAGCAGAAGGAAAACGAGCUGAGGUGUCUGAGACAGGGGUCACGGGUCACUCUGGAGGACAUCACUCUUCCAGAGGAUAAGCAUCUGGAUAAACAGGGCAUUGUGGAGUUGGUUCGUGCAGCAGUGAGGGCCACCGAGAGCCAGAUAGUGGGAAGCCUAGUCCAAGAGGUGGAUCUGCUCAGUGACAUCCUGCAGCUGAAACUGCAGCAGGAGGCUCUGGCCACUGGGAGGCACAACAAUACUUCUCCUACCAAUACAGAGACUAAUGCAAAGGUACAAACUGCCAAAACUAAAACAGGAGGGAAGGCGUCUGGAAAAGCAGAGGGCAGGAACUCAGUGAAUAAACCUGAUCAGAAGUAAGAAUGUUGAACCAUUUAGUAACAGUCACAGUUUUGGCUAACUGUGUUACUUUUGGAUGCUCAAGCUUGUGUUAUUAUUAUUAUUAUUAUUGUCGUUUUUGCACAUCUUAUAUAUAUAAUUUGAAGAUUUCUGUAUUGGAAAUGUAUCCCUUAACACCUAUUAUGUCAUAUUUGAUACAUGAGUUUUUGUGAGUUUUUAAAUUUCUACAUGUUCGGUGUAAUCACACUCUCCUCGAAAAACUGAAUAAAUUGCACAUUUUUUAGCAACAAAUUGCAAAAAGGAAACCUGGAUGUAAUGAAUAAAUAUUAAACAAAUUAAAACUCAU